AUGGUGAAUGAUAAUGCAUUAGUGCUCAGCGGGCACUCCUUGGCUUCCAUACCCGCGUCCCUGUGCACACUGACAUUCCUGCAGCGGCUAGACUUGUCCAGGAACAAGCUGAAAUCUCUCCCAGACGCCAUCAGCUCUCUGCAAGGACUGACAGACUUGAACCUGGGCAACAACCAGCUUGUCAGCCUCCCAGCGUCAGUCGGCAGCAUGAAGUCUCUGCGAUACCUCAACCUCAUGUCCAACAGCCUCAAGGCAUUACCAGAAGAGCUUGGCAGUCUGGGGGUCCUGUACCGGCUGGGCAUCAAGGGCAACAAGCUCGCUGCUCUGCCGCACACAAUCGGCGGGCUGACCUCUCUCGUGGAGCUUUUCAUCACAGACAAUCUGCUGGAGUGCCUGCCGGCGGAGAUCGGCCGCUGCACCAGCCUGGUCAAGGUGCAGGCCUCCUUCAACCGCCUGGCUACGUUGCCCGCCGAGCUUGGAAACCUGCAGAGGCUGGAGCUUCUGCGCGUGGCCGUCAACAACCUGUCAGAGGUUCCCACUGAGCUGGCGAAUUGCAGCGCGCUAGCCUGGAUGUCCCUGGCUGGCAACCCCAUCUGCCCGCAGACGCCAGUGCGGGGCCAGUUUCCUGCCAUGACCAUCGACCAGUUGUCCCUUGGAGUCUCUCUCGGGGAGGGCGCCUCUGGCGACGUCUAUGCUGCAAAGCUGGGUGCUGAGGACGUGGCAGUCAAAGUGUUCAAGGGGGAGGUCAGUCCUGACGGCAGAGCAGCAGAUGAGAUAGCAGUCACCUGCUAUGUGGACCACCCUCACCUCACCAGGCGGGUGCAGGGCCAGCCCCUGGCUGGCAAGCCUAACCUGCAGUCGCUGCUGCGCUGCCGCUGGCCGCCCGGCAGCGCCUUCAGCCCCGGCUUUGUCGCGCGCGUGGCGCUGUGCGUGGCGAGCGCGCUGCAGUACCUGCACGCGCACUGCAUCUGUCACGGCGACGUCUACGCGCACAAUAUCCUCGUUGCCGCCGACGGCCACGCCACGCUCCUCGACUAUGGUGCGUCCUUCUUCUACAAGCCAGGGACGCUGCCGUACGAGGCCCAGGAAGUGCGCGCGUUCGGGCUGUUCCUGAACGACAUGUUAGCGCGCCUGGAGGCCCCAGACAAGCCCAGCGCUGUGCGCAGCAGCCUUGAGGAGAUCACUGCGGACGCUCUGCAGCGCGACCCCAGCUGCCGACCGUCAUUCCAGGCCAUUGCUGCACGUUGCAGCUCUCUCAAAAAGGUGAACUGA